AUGGCACAGCCGGCAAUUCACCCGAACAAGGAGGCGUUUAUCGAGGGCGUCGACCAUAUCUUUGCCAGAUGGACCGCGCUAGAGCUGGCGGUGAAGAACGGCUGGGGUGGCCGCAACUCCCAGACCAAGCGUGAGGACAUGGUAGACGAGAUCGUGAAUCACUUUGACGACCUAGUCAAAAAGAAGAAGAAGCCCGAGCCCAGCGACCUCGAGGACCUCCUGCUAGACAUCAUGAGCGAGGACUUCAACAUCACACUGGAGGACAACAGCGCCAUCGAAGUCGCACGCAGCAUCUGCAGCAUCUUUGCCGAAUGCCUGACCGGCAACUUUACCACUGUCGAUAAGCUGCGCGACGAGCGGGAUGCCCGGGAUGCCCAGGGCGGCGCUAACAGCGCAGUGCAGCAGUCGCACGCGGCUGGUGGUGUUGCUGCAGAGGGGGAGGAUUCGGAAUCGGAGUCGGAAUCGGGCUCUGAUGACGAUGCUAUGGAAGAGUGA